UCUUUUUGCUUGCUUAGAAGAACAAAUUUUACUUUUGGGUCCCCAUUUUUUUGGAUUCCUGCAUCUGUUCUAGAACUUUACCCAACAAAAAGGAAAAGAAAACUUGUGGGUAUUUGUUAAUUUGGCAAAUGGUUUUGGUUUAGUUUAUGGUUGAUUUCAUUCUACCUAUAAGAUUGCUUGCUGGUUUUCUCAAGUAGGCUGGUUUUUGUUCGCUUAAUCUAUCUGAAGCUCUGUAUUAUAGUGAAAAGUCAACAUGGCAGACAAUGAUGGAGAAUCGAGCAGGAAAAACUCUGGGUUUCCUCAUGUAGUCCUCAAUGAAAGGAUUCUUUCUUCAAUGUCUCGAAGAUCUGUUGCUGCUCAUCCCUGGCAUGACUUGGAGAUUGGACCAGGUGCUCCAGCUGUUUUCAACACUGUGAUUGAAAUUGGCAAAGGUAGCAAGGUUAAGUACGAGCUUGACAAGAUAAGUGGUCUUAUAAAAGUUGAUCGUGUUCUCUACUCGUCUGUUGUUUACCCACACAACUAUGGCUUCAUCCCUCGAACUAUCUGUGAGGACAGUGAUCCUAUGGAUGUCCUGGUACUGAUGCAGGAGCCUGUGCUACCUGGUACUUUCCUUCGUUCUCGUGCCAUUGGUUUAAUGCCCAUGAUUGACCAGGGUGAAAAGGAUGACAAGAUUAUAGCAGUAUGUGCUGAUGAUCCUGAGUUCCGCCAUUACACAGAUAUCAAGGAGCUUCCUCCUCAUCGUCUAGCUGAAAUCCGCCGCUUUUUUGAGGACUAUAAAAAGAACGAGAACAAGAAAGUUGAUGUGGAAGACUUCUUGCCAGCUAAGGCUGCCAUUGAUGCCAUCAAGUACUCCAUGGACCUGUAUGCAUCUUACAUUGUUGAAAGCCUGAGGCAGUGACUUUAUUUGGAGAUGGUGAAAUUUUUUAUGGCUGUGUAUCGUAGUACUAAGGCUUGACUUCUUGCUCCAUGCCUAUUUGCAGAACUUAUAAUACUUCACUGUUUAACGAGAGUGUGGUUAACCAAUGCUUAUGAACAAUGUAUAAUUCCAUAUGCUUGUUUUAAUUUCUUGAAAGAAACUUUCUUCCA